CAUUAGGUGGCGCUCAAGUACCUUGUCCUUUACUCGAUGGAAACAUGGCCUUUUUUUCUGAGCCUUUUUUUUUUAAGUAUAAUUCAGUUUUUUUCUAGUUGGUGGAAUUCACUGUCAAUCACGCCCAUUGAAUCGCAGGAGGCGUGGCUUACAAGUCCAGAUCCAAACUUUUUUGGUCCCUCCUCCUCCUGUCUGCGCCGGACGCCCGACCCGCGUCCAUCCAAUCCAUUGCGGACCGGCGCCGAUGGGGCAGCGGUGCAGGCGGCGUCGGCCAGGCAGCGACAAGCAGGCGGCAUGGAGACGCUGGUGGAGCAGCUCGUGUCCUUCCACCGCAUCCAGGUGCAGCUGAGCGGCGGUGCGCCCUGGGGCUUCACGCUCAAGGGGGGAACCGAGCACGGAGAACCGCUAGUCAUCACAAAAAUCGAGGAGGGAGGCAAGGCGGACCGCUGCCAGAAGCUGAAAGUGGGCGACGAGCUGAUAAACAUCAACGGGUCGGCGCUCUACGGCAGCCGGCAGGAGGCGCUGAUCCUCAUCAAGGGUUCCUACAGGGUCCUGAAACUCGGCGUCAGGAGGCGCAGCAUCCCGCACAUCAGGCCUCCCUCGUGGCUUCCCCCUCCCCCCCCUCCCUGCGUCCCUCUCCCCGCCGACUCCCCCCCGCUGCCCCCUCCUCCCGCUCCACCUGCCAUGCAGCUCCACCCCUGUGUCUACGGCCUCACCUGGAACGACAACAGUGACCUGCCUAUGCAGUGGGGACAGUUGUGCAGACCGUACUCUUCCACCGAUCAGAGCAGUUCCCUGGGUUCCAUGGAGAGCUUGGACACAGCCGCAGCGGUUACCCAGCCUUACCCCGACUCGCGGUCUUCACCCGUGGACCCGGCGCUCUUCGUCAGCAAGAGAGAUUCGGCCUACAGUUCCUUCUCGGCCAGCUCAAACAUGUCGGACUACGCCGCGGCGUCGCUCCGUCCUCGCGAGGACAACGUCCUCCAAAGUUCUUGUCCAAGCUCCGACGCCAGGGACGAAAGUCCGCCUGGCGAGUCGCGCCGGAUUGGACUUGAGUUCAGGUCGCUGACCAGGCCCAGGCAGAAACCUGCAGAGAUCAGAGAGAGGCCCUCCUCAUUCUCUUACGAGGACGAUAGGACAGAGUCCGAAUUUCAUGUCGCACAAAACGGAGAAUGCGGAACGGAAGAGCAGGACAACCUUGCUCCGCUGCUAAACAGAAAGGACAGUUUUAAGGACGCUCCUCACCUUCCAAACAAACGUCGUGCUUCCGCUCCGACUGAUAUUUCCGACGAGGAGAGUGUUCCUUCCUCACAUCAUGAACCAGGAACUCAAAAUGGCUUCCUUCAAGUAGAAGACAACCAAAUGGGACAUUGCUAUAUCCAAAAACUAAACGGAGAAGAAGUGUUUGAUACGAGAGACAGUGCCGACACAACCGCAAAUCGUCUCUCUCGUGUCCAUCUCUCUGCUGGACCUGCGUCAUCAGAAGUUCAUGAGCAGUAUCAUAGCAACAACUCUUCGCCAGAACAUUACAGUCAGUCAUAUCGGUCGGAUCAUUCUUGUAGCAGCCGGUGGUCUCCAGUAUCUUCAUGCUUUACAGAGAACCAAGGACCAUCAAACAGGGAUCGCCCAGAGUGGGGCCAAAGCUGCUGCUCAACUCCUGCAUCGGUGUUCCUGGAAGAAGAAAUGGGAGUCAUUCAGCAUCACCACCCAUGGGGUCGCUCCGUCAGUGUACCUGAAGACCCCUCGGGGCCUUCAUCUCAGUACCAAAUACUUGUAGGUGACUUUCAACCUCUUAGUGCUGCUGCAAGCGUCGACACUUUACUAGAGGAGCAAAGGGCGGAUGAUAGAGAAAGAGAUGAAAGCAAUAUAAAGGGAAACGAAGCAACGACGAAGAAGGCAAACUCCUCGAAAAACCAUCGGCGAAACCGUCGCCGCAGCGAGCGCUUUGCCACCAACCUCCGGCAUGAGAUCCAGAGGAAGAAGGCCCAACUUCAGAGGAGCGGCGGGCCAGGAGGGUUGCUAUCUCAUGGGGACACAGUCCAGGAAGUAGACUGCGCAGAGGAUUCUGAAGACCCAGACACCGAAGUCAAAGACCCGACUAUUGGUGCCAUCAACCGUACCAGUGCACCAGAUGAGAAAUUACUCAGUUCAAUCCCGAAAAACGGCGAGGAUUCAACAUCCGCGACUGCAGCGGUUCGGAUCUUGGACCCGGGUGUUCGGAAUAUCGGUGUCCGAGUUGUGGAGGAGCCGGCUCCUGCGGGCAAAGCUCGCCGCUGGCGUUGGACUCCCGAGCAUAAGCUCCAACCGGAACCAGAACCGGCUAAACUGUACGGCGUCGUUGGAGAGAGUGUGUUGGGAGUCGCCCGAUCAAGACACGGCGUUUGUGCCUUCACUUCCCCACCCUCUGGCGUUCGUUCUGGUUCCUGUUCUCAAAAGGUGGAGUCUGACAUCCUUUCAUUUGCGGAUAGGAGGAAGUUUUUCGAAGAGACCAGCAAGUCCGUGGUUGGAACCAAGUCCCAUGAGGAGGAACAAGCUCAGUACACAAAUCCACGCAGAUACUCCUAUCAAGGAGGGCAAGAAAAGCCCGCGCUUCCAAACUCGGUGGAAAACAGUAGGCCGGCGGUAUGUACUAGACAAUGGACAGAGAGCGACCAGAUGAGAGAAUGGGAGGAGAGCGCCAGGGAAAGAAAAAGGGACAAAAUGUUCCGAGAAAUGCAGGAGAAGGAAAGACAGGAAAUGGAAGUGGAAAGAGAGAAGUUAAGUGAGAAGGAGCGACACGAAAGGGUAAGACAGUGGGAAAGGGAACGCCAGAUGGAGCUUGAGUCUGAGAGGGCAAAGGAGACUGAGCGUCUCCAAAGAGAACGAGAAGAGGAGCUGGAAAAGCAUAGGAAAGAGUCGUACAGCGGUUCUUACGUGAAAGACGUCGGCCAAGUCCAAUCAUCUGCUUUCUACGUGGUCAAGCAAACUUCACAGUCAUCGGGAUUCACGGCGAGAAGCAACACCCCGACCCAAUAUCCCGCCUGGCGAGAGGAGGCAAGCAAACUGAACAGGAAGUACAGCCUGACAGAGAGAGACUACACCGGUUGGAGACGGGAGCCCCGACCACCAAACGGCAUCAGUCUACAUCAGCAACCCUCCCAGCAGGCGUCGCAGAUACCAAAAUGGGUGGUCGGCGACAGAAAUGACUGCAACGGACACACUGAGGCGCCACUAUCAAAGCAAGGGCGCACCGUUUCUGAAAAUGAUCUCCGGUUGGACGGCGAACAGCGUUGGUCACCGUCGCGUUCGGCGCUGAGCCAAGUGGAAGAACGAGCAGACGGACAGGAACGCCAGUUAGCCCGGGAGAAAAAGGAACCUCCCCCAAGGCCGCCGCCGCCCAAGUGGGAGCAGUUCCACCGCAGACGUGCUUCCCACCACGGGUUGUUCGCGUCUUCUGCGCAACCUCCCUGCACGGCCCCGCCCUCGGCGGACCCUACCUCGGAGCCGUCCAGGCAGAGGUCGUACAGCCUCCCGCCGCAGAGACGCGAAUUAACGGAGUGCUGCUCCAAAUGCAGCUGUCACCAGUCUGGCACACAAGAACCUACGCUGACCCGCGUCCCGUCCAAUCGCCGUCGAUUCCCCGUGCUCUCCGUUUCCGUCGCCCCGCCCAGCCCCGUGGUCUCCAGGCGGGCCUUCAGGCCCAUAGUCUCGCCAAAUGAACACCUCAGUGGGGUUUUACUUCCUGAAUCUUUCUACGUGCUGGAAGAUACACCACGGGAGAUCUGCGUCGAGCCACCGAAAGUCCUCGAAACAGAGUCUGAGACUACCCGCAGUCCUAGCCCCACGCACAGCCUAGAGGUCGUCCCCUUAGAGACGGAUAUUGACGACUUCCAGGAAGAUGAGGGACUUUCCGGCGAGGAGCUGCUCACCAGCGAACUUCCUUGCUUCGCCUUGCCAGUCACCGUCUUGGAGACGGAUAUUGACAGCUUGCCGGUACCGCGAGCCGAACCGGUGGGUGACCUGCUGCCGGAGAACAGCUCUGCAGAGGAGGAGUUUGAGAGCAGCAGGGAGAAGCUGAGCCUGGACGAGCUCUUCCCCCACAGCAGUGAGGGCGAGUCUGGUACCGAGAGCUGGAGGGGCGCCUUCCGUAACCCUGAGCACAAUACCGACAGUUUAGAUAGGCGGUCUGGCGCGAGCUCCAGCUGCUCGUCUUACUACAGCACGUCGACGGCCAAGGCUCAGCUCUUGUCACAGAUGAAGGACUUGACCGGAAAAACGGAGCGGGAAGAAAACGAUGAGCUGACUUACAAGAGACAGCUAAUGGAGAGCCUGCGUAAAAAGUUGGGUGUACUGAGGGAAGCCCAGCGAGGACUUCAGGAUGACGUCCGGGCCAACGCGCAGCUGGGGCAGGAGGUGGAGAGCAUGGUGGUGGCUGUGUGUAAACCCAACGAGGUUGACAAGUUCCGCAUGUUCAUCGGUGACCUGGACAAGGUGGUUAGCCUGCUUCUGUCCUUGUCGGGACGACUGCUGAGGGUGGAGACCGCGCUGGACACCCUCGACCCGGAAAGCGACGAUGACGAGAGGCUCUCCCUGCUGGAGAAAAAACGCCAGCUCAUGCGGCAGCUGUCAGAAGCCCAGGACUUGAGGGAACACGUCGACCGCAGGGAGCAAGUUGUCAGUCGUGUUCUGGCCCGAUGCCUUUCUCCGGACCAGCACCGAGACUACAGCCACUUUGUGAAGAUGAAGGCGGCGCUGCUGGUGGAGCAGAAGCAGCUGGAGGACAAGAUCCGGCUGGGAGAGGAGCAACUGAGGGGGCUCAGGGAGAGUCUGGGACUGGGCCUGGUUCUGGGAAUCCCUCUGGGGUUGGGUUUUUACUGAAGCUGAAACACUAUUACGCUUAUUUGGUUGCCAAACUGGUGGAAUUUGAUGGAACUUCACAUGGUAGCAUGUGUGCUAUUUUGACAAACACUACUUGAUGCAAGUCACGACACUCGUUAGCGUGAUCUCAAAACCAAAGGACUUUUCGUUGAAAUUUUUUGUGGUGCUUCUGCAGCGUCGAUUGUUUUGUCGAUGUGUCACACGAUUGAUUUAUUGUGUGUCGCUUAAAAAAUAGCCUCAUGUUUAUAAUGUAUACAUUGUGUGUGUAUAUAGUGAAUUCGAAGAAUAUCGCUGGAAAGAAUUGUUUAGAAAAAGCAAUUGUCCUCAUAAUUGGGGAUGUUUUUCUUUUAAUUUUGGAUGACUCAAAGUUGACGGAAAUACUUUUUUUGACCAACUUGAACCAAAAUGUCCAUUAAACAUUGACAAGCUAGCAA